UACGUGCUCCCCGCCUUGAUGUGUCUUCUGUCUCAUCCCUAUAUCAACCGUGCUUCAAGCCCAACUAGCGAUCUGAACUGUUUUUCAGUCCCAGGUCUGUAGUUUAUGCCAACUAUAAUGCUGGCGGUGACAAUCGGGAGAGGGCACCCAAGUAUUCGUUGUCUAGAAAUAAUACCUGCUAUACCUAUUUAAGUAGGUUAUGGCCCUACAUAUUUGUUGCUUCAUCCGACCUCAAUUUUAUCUGAUCUGCAGUGCACAUGUUGCCUCACUUAGAUUACCAUAGUCUCCAACAGUUGAGAUGCCACCGCUACAGACCGAGGCAUGGUUAAUCAACCUUGACCUAGGCUUACACAUCUGAAGAGUGGCAGCAGUAUUGGGGUUGCGGCUAAAUCUACUCUUGCAUACCUUAGGAGAGUUGAGAAACGAUCGCCGUAGCCCCACCCUACGUUAAACAACCUUAAUAUAAGCUUCCACUGCGGACAAGCGACCGCAGUAGUCCCUAUGCGGAUUAUUCUAUAGUAGCUUACCCACCGACAAUUACAAUACGGUCGCCGUUGACCGAGCACUUGGAGUAUCAAUUUUUACCAUUACUUACAGAGGUCAGGAGCUACCGCAGUCGCCAGUGUGCGGCUCAGUCAGUGGCUGCAUAGCUUGGGACAGUUGCGAUAAGAUCGCUUCUUUGGUCAGCGGUAUUUUUCGGGUGCCCUUUCCCGAUUGCUACCAUGCUGGCUUCUCACCUUGUUUUGUGCUCUCUGUAGGGAUUCCGUCGCCCACGACGAACACCUGCCACGCGCAAAAUUUCUCGACGUCAUGCGGAGCGCUGCCCAGCGCCUGCGCCUACUCUUUCCUGAUAACCAGAUCCCGAUCAUCCCAGUGCUGGGCAACCACGACGUGCAUCCCGCCAACGUUCUUGAAGUCGGCGAGUCGGCGGCCGCCCAAGAACGACUGGAGUGGUGUGGUCUCCUGGCGACAGACAGAGAGCUCUGGGCCGAUUGGAUCGCAUUCGGUCAGCCCGAUCCAGCGCCGAAUGCCACACGCAACAGUUCAGAAGUCUUCACUACGGGUGAGUAG